AUGACCAGCACUCAGUCCACGGGAAGUCGACUCGGCGUGCUUCACGAUACCGGGAUACCUCCGGGCAGUGAAGACUAUACGACUCUGGUUGUUCUGCAUGGUCACAACUGGCAUAGUGGCACUUUCUCCAAGGUGAUACCGCUCGCGAGCAUCAAUAACACGCGCCUCAUCCUUGUCAAUCGACGCGGCUAUCCUGGAAGCACGCCAUUCACGGACGAGGAACUCGCGACAAUUCCGAAGCUGACGCCGGACGCGAAUGAAGACACGCUAGAAGACGCCAGGGAGGAGUUGGGGCUAUUCAUGCGAGACCGGGCGCGCGAAGUGUACGACUUGCUAGAGGAUAUAGUGCGACAGGACAACAUACCGCCGGCUCAACCUGAGAAGAACACGGGGGGCAUCAUCCUCGCUGGGUGGUCCUUCGGGGCGUUGUGGAUGAACGCGCUCAUGGCGUACGUGUCGUCCUUCCCCGUCAAUGACGUGGAGCUGUCGAAGUACGUGAGACGCGUUGUCAUAUUCGAUACCGGAAACCUUGUCAUGGGCUAUCCGGGACGAAGUGAUAUGUACGAACGCGGCUUCGACCCUGCGCUUUCCGAGGCAGAGCGCAAGGCGGCAUAUAACGUCUGGGAAAGGGCGCGCCGAAUUAGCAGCUACUACUCCCACGGAGAGACGCUGGACAGUCUCUCCGAUGAGCCCCUGAAACAUCCUCCAUCGACCGUCAGCACUCUCAGCGCGGAGGAACGCGCGAACCUGACGCACAUCCCCGGAGGUGUCGUGGACUCGGCCAUCGCGCUCCCUGGUAUUCAGUCCGGGCUUUUCGAUAGCCUGCGACAACGCGCCAUAUCCCUUCCAAGUCGCCAAGACAACAAGGAGAAUGGAGACGAUGCAGAAUCGAGCGGGGACGACUGGCGCGACAUCGAAUUGCGCGUAGUUUGGUGCCAGAUGUCACAUGCAGAAGUCUCCUACGUGACGCUGCUUCUCAUCGCGGAGCUAGAGGACGCAAAGAAGAAGGGAAUUCCUGUACGAAACGUAAGAGUCGUUCGAGUAAAGGGCGCUAAUCAUUUCAUACAUUGGGACCAACCCGAGAUGGCGAUGCGCGCACUGCUGGGAGAUGAAGAUGUCAUCUGA